AUGUCCAUGAAUAUGACAAGUCAAAUUCAGUUUGCAUUUUUAAAAGGCACACUAGAGCCUGCUUGCAAGCUUUAUGGGAGAACAGAAUCUCCACACCUGUCCAAAGAUGGAGAUAUCAAUAUUGGGGCACUGUUUUCAAUCCACAGUAAGACUGCUGAUAAAGUUGCUCUUUUUGAAACUAAACCACAAUCUCCUGAAUGCACAAGCUUAAAUUUUAGAGAAUUUAACUUUGCACAAACAAUGAUAUUUGCUAUUGAGGAAAUUAACAAUAGCACUAACAUCUUGCCUGGUGUUACAUUGGGAUAUAAAAUUUAUGAUGUCUGUGGGAGUAUACCUUUGACUAUAAGAGCAGCAUUAGCUUUGGUGAAUGGACAAGAAGAAACAUUUUCUAACAAAACCUGCACAAAAAGCUCUACUGUUCAUGCCAUCAUAGGAGAAUCUGGAUCAUCACAAUCUGUGGCAGUGUCAACAGUAAUGGGACCUUUCCGCAUUCCAGUGAUAAGUCAUUUUGCAACAUGUGCUUGUUUGAGCAAUAAGAAAGAGUUUCCCUCUUUUCUGAGAACCAUUCCAAGUGAUUACUAUCAAAGCAGGGCACUGGUACAGCUUGUAAAGCAAUUUGGCUGGACUUGGGUGGGGGCAAUAAGAAGCGACAAUGAUUAUGGAAACUUCGGAAUGGCUACCUUUAUACAUACAGCCCAACAGGAAGGCAUUUGUAUUGAAUACUCUGUGGCCAUUUACAGAACUGAUUCACGAGAAAAAAUUCUGAAAGCCAUUGAUGCUAUAAAAUCAGGCACAGCAAAAGUUAUUGUGGCUUUUCUGGCUCAAGGUGAAAUGGCAGUAUUAUUAAAGGAAAUGUUAGUUCAAAAUGUUACAGGCCUGCAGUGGAUUGGUAGUGAAUCAUGGAUCACUGCUAUUAGUCUUGCAACAGAAGAUAGUUACAAGAUUUUAGGUGGUGCUCUUGGAUUUGCAGUAAGUAAGUCUGUCAUAGCAGGCUUGAAGCAAUUUUUAGAAGAAGUUCUUCCUUCUCAGCAUCCUGGUAAUAAACUAUUGACAGAAUUUUGGGAAUCAACUUUUCAUUGCACCUUUGCCACUGAAGCCAACCUGAAUAAUAGAAUUUGCACUGGAUUUGAAAAUCUGAAAGGAGUACAAAAUCAGUAUACUGAUGUGUCAGAGUUGAGAAUUUCUAACAAUGUGUACAAAGCAACAUAUGCAAUAGCCAAUUCACUGCACAACUUUAUAGGCAACAUCAAUGUGGAAGAUCCUUUCAUUAACAAGACAGUUUCAAGUAUUAAGCCAUGGCAGGUGCUUCACUAUCUUAAAAAGGUGAAUUUCACAAUGAAAAAUGGAGAGCGAGUUUAUUUUGAUGAGAAUGGUGAUCCUUCCGCAAAAUAUGAAUUAGUAAACUGGCAACGUAAUGCAGGCAACAUUGCAUUUUUAACAGUUGGGUACUAUGAUGCCUCUUUACCUACAGCAGAGCAGAUUUCUAUUAACAAACUCGGAAUUAUGUGGGUUAAUGGUAAGGAUAAGAUGCCCAUUUCAGUAUGUAGCCAAAGUUGCUUUCCAGGCACCCGUAAAGCUGUUAAAAAAGGCAAGCCAAUCUGUUGCUUUGAUUGUAUUCUCUGUGCUGAUGGAGAAAUUAGUAAUGUUACAGAUUCUCCAGACUGUACAAGAUGCCCAAAAGAAUACUGGUCAAAUGAAAAGAGAGACACGUGUGUUGCAAAACAUAUUGAAUUCCUGUCUUUUGAAGAAACUAUGGGAAUAUUAUUAGCAGCAUUUUCAUUGUUUGGUGCAUGUAUCACUGCAGCUAUUGGUCUUGUCUUCUUCAUGAACAGAGACACGCCCAUUGUAAAAGCAAAUAAUUCUGAACUAAGCUUUCUUCUUCUAUUCUCUUUGACUUUCUGUUUCCUUUGUUCACUGACUUUCAUUGGUGAGCCCACUGAUUGGUCAUGCAUGCUACGCCACACAGUUUUUGGGAUCACUUUUGUUCUAUGCAUUUCUUGCAUUUUAGGAAAGACAAUAGUGGUCCUUAUGGCAUUUAGGGCUACACUUCCUGGCAGAAAUGUGAUGAAAUGGUUUGGAACCACUCAACAGAGGUUAAGCGUUUACACACUAACACUCAUGCAAGUGUUGAUAUGUGUGCUCUGGUUAAUAGUAUCUCCCCCUUUUCCCUCUCGAAACACAAAAUAUUUCAAAGAAAGAAUUAUUGUAGAAUGUGACUUAGGAUCUUCUGUUGCAUUUUAUUCUGUGUUAGCAUAUAUAGGUUUCCUUUCUUCAAUAUGUUUUGUCCUUGCUUUUCUGGCACGAAAGCUACCUGAUAACUUUAAUGAAGCAAAAAUGAUUACAUUCAGCAUGCUAAUAUUCUGUGCAGUAUGGAUUACCUUUAUUCCAGCUUACAUCAGUUCUCCAGGAAAAUAUACAGUAGCUGUGGAAAUAUUUGCUAUUUUGGCUUCAAGUUUUGGUCUGCUCCUCUGUAUAUUCUUUCCCAAGUGUUAUAUUAUAUUAUUUACACCAGAAAAAAACACAAAGAAACAUAUGAUGGGUAAAAUGCCAUCCAAAGCAUUGUAA